GACGUCGGUUAAUUAAACGGGCUAGCCUAAGUUCAACUAAGGUUAACAACGGUACAGGCGGGGUUCUCGCCAUUGACCGGGAAAUUCCUUAUCUCUUCCACCAGUUCCGACCUCAUUUGCGCAAUAUCAACCCUGCUUCAAGUUGAUCGGCAACAUAUAUAUAGAAAUCCCAGGGUUUCAAAGGUCGCGUCCUGUCAGAUCGAACAGCUGCCGGCCAGGUUCAGUGUUCGUCAGAUCUGCGAUGUAAUCCCAACGACAGAUGAAACCUCACACCACAGGUCGUAAAGCAGCCAAACCCCGUCAACCCAUCAAGCACACCAAAACCUUCUCAGCAUGCUGGACGUGUCGGAAGCGCCACGUGAAAUGUGAUGAGCUUCGACCAGAAUGUGCACGGUGUGUUAAAGGUGGCUUCGAAUGCCAGGGUUAUGGCAUCAAACUCGUCUGGGUCGACCCUGAUACCCAGGAACGCGAGCAAAAUAUUAGGCGGGCGAUUGGUGCCCCAGCCAUUUACGACGAUGACUCGAGCUUUAUGCGAAUCGAUGUUCAGCAUGCCCUUGAGACACUGGACAAUUCUUCGACAGAUGCGAAAGGAUUGACGUUUGGUCCGUUUGCCGUCUUCGCAAUUCACGACUUCGCAUCAGCUGCUCGUCAUUGUGCCGACGAGAAAGCUAGCAGUGUCGAGGCACGGCGAACCAGCGUUUACGAUGAUACAUUGGAGGCUCCGACAGAGUAUAAUUUCGAUGGAGACGAAGACAUCGAAUUGAUAGUUUCUCCCUCGACAAACGGCGCCUUGACUCUCAGAGGAAGACGCGGUUCCGCGAGUACUAUAUCAUCCGAUGCGUUUCAAGAAUGGUUUGGUUUUUCCUCCUCGCCGUUGCAAUCACGACAUCUAGAUCUUCUGCCCCGACCAGCAGAGCAGCGAGAGUUGAUUCAUCACUGGACGUCCUUUGUCUGCUGGCACCUUGUCCCAGUGGACCGUCCGGACAACCCUUUCCGCAGCGUCUUCACCCCUAUGGCACUUGCAGGGCUUACGUCCCCAUCAAACCGCUCCAGCGGGCAAGUUGCACUCUUCCAUGCGCUCUGUGCCACCUCAGCUUUCAGCCGUGGUCAGCUCCUCAAAGGGGACGCUAAUGCGCUCACCCUGGCCACGAAACACUAUCACCUGGCAAUUCUGCAUCUGCGUCACAGCCUCGCCAAUAUCAAAGGCACCCUCGAUCUCGAUUCUCAGCGGGGCGCUAUUCUUGCCACCAUCACCAUGUUUUCAACCAUGGACAUGAUCACAGGCCGUUCGUCGGAAUGGCGCACGCAUUUGCAAGGCGGAUCAUCCUGGCUGUCGACGAUCGAGGGCGACGUAUGGGAUCGCGACAAGAGCUCCUCAAUGGUGUUUCAGGGCUAUCUGGCCAUCGCAGCCUUGUGCAAUAUUAGUCUUCCGUCGAGCUUUGACGUCGAUUCGGAGAACUUCCUAGACGAAAGGUACUACGUGCUCGACCAAUUCUUCGGUCUGACACGGCCGAUUUUGAAACACAUUCUGAAAAUGAAUGCUCUGAUCAAACGCAUUUCAACGACCGAUCCAAAUCCCAGCGCAGAGCUGCUCGACAAUCUGGAAACGCAGCUGUACAUGCAGACACCGGAGACCUUGGACCUUACUACUCACGAUCCGCUUGCACAAGCGAUGGCCCGUCAUCACGCCUAUGUGUUCUACUAUGCUAGCUUGAUCCACUUCCAACGCACUCUUCGUCGGCGGCCACCAACCGAAGUACAAGACAUGGUCGAAAUUGCAGUCGGUCAUCUCGAAAACAUCGAGGACCUUGGUGGGGACGCUGUUGGAUGCACACUGGUGUGGCCGCCUUUCAUAGUGGCAUGUGAGUGUCUGAGCGAAGAAUUGCAGCAACGCAUGCUCGCAUGGUACAUGGUCAAACGGCGGCAUGGGUUCAUGAACCUGGAAAUAUCGAAAGAUAUAGCUCAAGAGCUGUGGCGGAGACGGAGCAUAGAGUCGGCAGAUGUGGACAUACAAUGGCAGGACGUUCUGCAGGACUUGGAUAUGGAUAUUGUACUUGCAUGAGACUUGUGUUUUAGCAAAGGUUUGGAUUCUAGAAAAUAUAUUCUGUCUGAUGUUUG